UCUGUGCCGCCUGGCACCGGGGAUUACCAGCCCGAGGAGCCUGCAGAGCCGCAGCACUGAAGUUGCAAAGGGCAGGCGGCUUCAGGGCUGCAGCUGUCAGGGGAGAGACGGCCCUCCUUCCCAGCCUCAGCUCGGGAGCUGCCACAGUGGGGACACAUCCAUCGCAUUACAAAGGUGUUGCUGUUCUUCUGAAGUGGUCAACCAGAUUCCCUUAAAGUGGUCUUCUGAGUUAUAACACAGGUGUGUGAUGUAAAAGCAGUGGGCAGUCCUUGGGCCCUCCCCCACACUAUUGUAACGUCAUGUGCCAGUAUGAAUAUUAACGCAGAAACACAUACUUCAGUACUCAGCAACCAAAGGAGAAGCUAAACACUGAGAACAAAUGACUGGACUGCUUGCAAAACUUUGGGCAGCUAACUUCUUCUUCUCCUUCCCUGCUAUUGUGAAACAGCUGGAAGAGCAGAACUGAAGCAGCAUUUUUUGUGGAUAUUUUUUCUUUUUUAAUUUAUUUUUUCCCCUUUGUUUUGGGUUUCAGACUCUCAAACUGCACUGACCGUAAGCACUGGACAGCAAUAUGUGUCAUGUCAUUGUAACUUGUCGCUCAAUGCUGUGGACACUCCUGAGUAUUGUCGUGGCGUUUGCAGAGCUCAUAGCUUUCAUGAGUGCAGAUUGGCUAAUUGGCAAAGCCAAGCCUGUGAGCUCUGAAGAUAUGGACAACAGGACAGGAGGCUCACAGGAGCCUUACCAUCCAACUUUGGGCAUCUAUGGGCGUUGCACCAGAAUCUCCCACAUGCAGGUUUCCAGACGAGACACACUUUGUGGGCCCUAUGCAGAGAACUUUAAUGAGAUUGCCAGUGGGUUCUGGCAGGCUACUGCUAUUUUCCUAGCUGUGGGGAUCAUGAUUCUCUGUGCUGUGGCAUUUGUGUCUGUCUUUACUAUGUGUGUGCAGAGUGUAAUGAAGAAAAGUAUUUUUAAUGUCUGUGGGCUGCUACAAGGAAUUGCAGGCCUUUUCCUUAUCUUAGGCUUGAUGCUGUACCCUGCAGGCUGGGGCUGCCAGAAGGCAAUAAGCUAUUGUGGACAUUAUGCUUCUGCUUAUAAACUAGGAGACUGCUCAUUGGGCUGGGCCUUCUACACAGCUAUCGGUGGCACUGGUCUGACAUUCAUCUGUGCCGUCUUCUCAGCGCAAGCAGAAAUUGCCACAUCUAGUGACAAAGUGCAAGAAGAAAUUGAAGAGGGGAAAAACCUUAUCUGCCUCCUUUAAAUAGAAUGGAAAAAAGAUCAAUCAGUAUCUAUUUUGCUUUUAAAUGAUUUGAUAAAAGGAUCCAUAUCCUGUGAUUUAGCCUUAUGCAGUCUAGCCUUGAACUACUGGAGCAACAUUCUAUCGCUUGCAGGGCGAUGAGGACCAGAGAAAGGAGGAUCUCAAGCAAAGAGAGUGUACAUAUGUGGGAAUUUUUGGUGCGACUACAUUGUCAGGACUCAGCAGAAUAUACAACUUGAGAGCGAGGUGGGGGAGUGUAUGUAGCGAACAAACAUAAGAUGCCUGACAAUUUCUGAUUUGAUCUGAUUGCAUUCUCCACUUUGGUCACUUUGAAGGAUCUGCAUUAAAAUAAUAAAAGCCAGCACAUUUCUACUAUGUACAGGACUAGCCUAUUUAAUUAGGUUUUGUUUUCAAGGGCUUCAAUCACUUGUGAACAUGUUACUGCCAUCUGGUUUGGUACUAUAGUUAAUAUUGUGGUGCUUGUUGAUGAGUUUUAAAAUUACUUAAAGCACAACUUGGUUGUUUUUUUGUUUUUGAUAAUUAAAUGCAUGACAAAGAACAGGGCUGACAUUAAGACCUUUCUAAAAGUCGUAUAAACUGUAAAGAAAGUGAGGCAGGGGCUCAUAUUAUUUAGUUUGUUCUGGCAUGAAAUAUCAGUAACAAGUGGUAGCUACAUUAUAUUUUAGCAGCUGGAUUUGAAGUUAAAUUAUUUUUGUUUCAUAGCAGAGCCAGGGGAACUGUUGUUACGCUGGAGUUUACCUAUAUAAAAUAAAAACAGUAGAAGUAAUGCCUUAGUAUCUAAAUGUGUGAAACACUGAACCUUGGAUACAAAAAUGGUGUCUUUACUAGAAAUCCCAGGAAGCCUCAAUAUUUAGGAAAAACACUAUAUUCUCUCUGCAGCAAAAUUGACAGGGUUAUUUUGUGAAUGCCAACAAGUGUUGACAGUGCCUCACUCUUCAGUAAAAAUAUGAACUCUAUGUUGGGUUUACAAUUACAAUAUUUCUCUGGUUGCCAAAAGAAACCUCAUUCUCAGUCCACAGGCCAGUGUCUUGUGUCUCAGAGCCCGUUUAGUCUGUAAUAGAUGUUCACCCUACAGGAGGCAAUGCCAAAUUCUAAAAGUUUGUGGGAAAACCUUUUCCCACUCUUUUUAACCACAUUUGGUAUGUACCCAUUUCCAGCACAUCAGCAGAAGCAGAAAUAUGACUUGCCACGAGUGACAUUCCUUUCCAAAACGCGUUCAGUUCAGUCAUAUUACUUGGGUUGUUUCUCCAGUUACUGGAAUUAUCCUUGAGAGCAGAUAAAAGGAUAUUAGAAAAAAUACUGUACUGCCUUGGGGAUGCAUGAGCACAAUUGAGGGUUUAAUAGAUAACUAUUCACUUGACAGUUGAUUGGAAAUUUUAAUUUUAAAACUGUUUAUUUCAUGGUGGUGGUAAAAUACUAGCAGGCACUGAAGGCUGAGCCUAUUGUUAAAAAGCUACACAGAACCACUAGAGGUGUCCGCAAGUUUAUCCAUUUGUUAAAAAUCAAAUAACUUCUGCAGACAGAGAAUAUGAUAAGCCUCUGGAUUACAUGAGUUAUUUAUUGUAGAGAACAGCAAAUUAGUAUUGAAAUGUGUGAAGGUUUUGUGUUCUUAUUUUUGCUGCAUCUCUCCUGACCUAGAGCUGAGGGAAAUGCAGCUUGUAUUAACUAUGCACAGUCUUACUAAUGUUAGAUCAGUAAAUGUAAAAGGUUUCUUUGGAGCACAUGUGGUCCCUAUGCUUUUUGAAUUCUUUAUCUGCUCCUGUGAAGUCUCCUUCCCAGGACCACUUCUUCAGAAAUUAUCAAUCUGUGUGAGAGAUUCUAGUGAGGGUCCAGGGUUCAACUCUAAAGUUUUAAAAAGACAAUGUACCUCUAAUCAGUUAAAUCAAUUAAUUUUCUUUUUAAAGUGGAAUAAUUUUGUUCUGGUCUGUUCCUGAUAAACCAGACCUGUUACUUUGGACCCAUUAAAUUGAUAGGUUGUAAUAGUGCUCCAGAAUCAAUGUGCUGGAGUAGCGGCCCCUGGAGUGCCAUUUGUGAAGUGUCAGUGUCCCUGUUUCUCUGUAAAUACAAAUCCAAGCCCCCUACACAGCCGUGCUGCUGCCACCUCUGUUCUUCUGUGCACAUUCCCAAUGUCAGGGCAGAAUGAUGUGGAGGGUGUUAUGCUAGCCACAGGGCAAAACUGCCCCCUUGGUAAUAUUUAUAAUUUUCUUUUUCACCACUGUAUUGUGAGAACGUAGCCUUUCCUCUUGUUAACCCAGAAUUCACACUUGAGAACCCUGUGUUUCCCCCCUCCCAAUCCCAUUGCACUCUUAUACAAGAUUUUAAAACGGGUAACUC